ACAAGCAUCGUGUGCCGCUGGCUUUAAAUGUCAUAUGCUGGUUGCGAGCAGCUUUUAGCUUAGGUUAGGUUUUAGUGUUAUUGUUUACUUUUACGAGUUGAUCGUCAACAAAUUACCACAAUGUUACGACAAUGGGAAUCGGCAGACAAGAGCAUCAGCAAGAACGUGCUAAAGCCAGGCAUAUUUACCAAGAAGCCAACCGAGUGUUCCACGUGCAACGUUUUUGUGGAAAACAUAAGUGUCUCGGGAUCGUCGGGACAUGCACUGAAAGAGAAAUAUUAUACAAACAUCCUUGACGGUGAGCGUGAGAAAAUGCUAGUGAUAGGCGAAGCGAGCGCAGAAAUUGACAGAAAAGUCGAAAGAGCGAUUCAGGUGAUGAAUACUUUGGAGAAAAGUCUUGUUACCAUUACUAUGCCAUCACAGUCAGAAGUUAAAAGUGAAACUAUAUCAGUCAUGUUUGAGAUAACAUUGAUGAAAUGUGAGCGGCAUAAACCAAUAUGGAAAUGGAGUCCAGAAGAAAAGUAUCAGGUAGCUUUGAAAUAUAAAGAAAUAGGCAUCGAGCUGUUCAAGAGUUCUAGAUGUGUCGAUGCAUUUUACAAAUUCAGUAAAGCCUGUAAAAUCCUGAUAACAUUGGAACCAAUGUCAGAAUUAGAGGACAAGCUGUUGCAGUCCAAUAUUGAAAAUCUGAGACUCACAUUAUACAACAACAUGGCCAGUUGUCAGCUAAAUCAAAAGAACUUUGAGCAUACAGUUGCUUUGUGUACUAAAAUAUUGAAUGUGGAUAAGGAGAACAUUAAAGCUUUUUAUAGAAGAGGAAUAGCAUAUGGAAGCAUGAAAGACAAUGAAAAAGCUGUGGCAGAUUUGAAGGUGGCGCUUACCUUAGAGCCUAAUAAUCACACAGUGAAGGAACAGUUUCAUAUUUAUAACACUAGAUUACAGGAAGCAAGUCAGAAAUGCAACGAUAUGGUGAGAAAAAUGUUUCAACUCUGACCAGUAAACUUCUUACUGUUACAUUCUAAGUUUGAAUUCUGUAAAUUUAAAUACAUUCACUAAUUUAAAACAAAGAAAUAAAGUACAUUUAUUUUAUAAAUAGAAAAAUAUGUAUUUAUUUUUACCCACGAUAAUUUACACUAUAAUAAUCCUAAUGUUACCAGAAAGUACACAAUGUUGUGUUUGCACUUAAAAAUUAGCAACAUUGAAAGUUGUUACAAUGUUUAACUAUUGUAGAGAAAAUUACAGAUGCGGAUACAUAUUUUUAUUCCAUGUAUUGUUUUUAUUACAAUAUUAGUAUAAAAUGGAUGGCUGAAGAAUAACUACAUGUUGAAGUACACAAUGCAUCCCAAACAAGCUCCUUUUUAUAAUACAAAACUUUCAAUCAAGGGUAACUUUGUCAAUAUGUGUGUGUAUGUAUGUAUAUAUAAUCUAAUAAUGUCACUUGUUCGAUACUUCUAAUUAUACAUAUAACUAUGUAAAAUAUUUAAG